AUGAUUAAACAUUUUGUUGACCAGAUGCAAUCAGAAUUUGAAAUGAGUCUAGUUGGAGAAUUAAUGUACUUUCUUGGACUGCAAGUUAAACAGAUGGAAGACUCAAUUUUUCUCUCUCAGAGCAAGUAUGCCAAAAACAUUGUCAAAAAAUUUGGGAUGGAGAAUGCUAGUCACAAAAGAACUCUUGCUCCUACUCAUUUAAAAUUGUCCAAAGAUGAAAAGGGCACAAAUGUUGAUCAAAGCUUGUAUAGAAGCAUGAUAGGAAGCCUGCUGUAUCUCACAGCUAGUAGGCCUGAUAUUGCUUUUGCUGUUGGGAAUUCUCCUUCGAAGAAGACUACUUCCCGCUCUGAAACAGCAUCCGACUCUAGUGCACCAAAUAUGGUGAGUGAUCAGGAUGUUGUGCUGAAUGUCGUGCCAUUGAACUCGGUCCCGGCUACUGAUUCUGUUGGUAGUAUACCAAGAAAGAUGCAUGCUCGAAAAUCGACCGGUGGGUCUAUUCCAGAAACUUUUUCUGCUCGGGAUAAAGCGGGUUCUGCAUAUGUCCACAAUGCGAUCGCAGGUAUUGUCACAAGAAUCUUGAAUGAAGGUCACAAGGUAGAAGGAAUAUCUGUUCCUUUAGCCCAAGUUUCUGCCUCUGAGAACAGCAAAGAUGAUCAGGUUGAUGCGAGCAAAGAUCAUGUUAAUGUUGAGACUUCUGAUGCUAAAGAUGUUGAAACAUCUAGAGCUAAAGAUGCUGAGAUUCUUGAAACAGAGAAAGCUGAAGAGGGUUCUGCUACUCUUUCUAAAGAAAAGCCUACUCAUCCUACUGUAAAUGAUGUGGUGGAUCUGGAUAAUCUUGAUGAUCCUAUUGACAUUGCUGAUGAUGACCUCAUCUCUAGCAUUUUCAACAGAGUCAAGGCUCGAAGGGGAAAGCAGGUUGAUGAUCAACAUCCUCCCAAGACUAAAGUUGCUCCUCAAAAGACUGUCACCAAAGAGAAGAUCAAGAAGGUCCUUACUGAACCUUCAAAGACCGGGAGCAAGAAAAAGCAUGCAUUCACCAAAGCCUCCACAACUGUUCCUGAUAUUCCCUUGGACAACAUUUAUCUGCACUAUGCUUCAAAUGCUAUCAAGUGGAAGUAUGUUUUUCAGAGACGACUGGCUCUGGAAAGAGAGCUUGCUAAUGAUGCUCUUGAAUGUCAAGAAGUCAUGAAGCUCAUCAAAUCUGUAGGUUUGCUAAAAACUGUUACUCAUUUUUCUAAAUGUUAUGAAAUGCUUGUGAAGGAGUUUAUAGUAAAUUUGUCUCAAGAUUGUGCUGAUGGAAAAGCUGAGGAUUUUCAUAAGGUGUAUGUUAGAAGAAAAUGUAUAGAAUUCUCCCCAACUGUUGUCAAUCUCUAUCUAGGUAGGGAUGAUGAGGCUCAACCUGAGCUUGAAGUGACUGACAAUGAGGUGUGCAAAGUUAUCACUGGUGGUAAGAUUAAGAAGUGGCCCAUAAAGAGUAAAUUGUUUGCUAGUCUUCUUACUGUCAGGUAUGCAUUGCUACACAAAAUUGGUGCUGCUAACUGGGUGCCAACCAAUCAUACAUCUACCAUUGUAGUGGGACUAGGUAGAUUCAUAUAUGCUGUGGGGACCAAGACUAAGUUUGAUUAUGGAACUUACAUAUUUGAUCAAAUUAUGAAGCAUGUUGGUACCUCUGCUACAAAGAUGCCCAUUGCUUUUCCAUCUCUGAUAUGUGGGAUAAUUCUUAAUCAGUUCCCUGGGAUUCUGAAAGCUAAAGACUCUGUGUGCAAGAGGGAGAGUGCCUUGUCAUUCCACUAUAAGCUGCUUCAAAGGUCAGAUGACAUAACAUCUGCUGGGACAUCACAAACCAGCAAAUCUGUCUCAAAAUCCUCUCUUAUUGCUGAGCUGAAAGAGACUUACAAUAAUGGUGAUAGUGGUGGUGAUGAAGAGGCUGAAGAUAGCGAAGGUGCUGAAGGGACUGGGAGUAGUGAUGCUGGUGAAGAGACUGGUGGCUCUAGUGAUGAAGAGACUGAUGGAUCUGAAGAUUAG